AUUCACUUUGUUUCUCAGUUGCUUUGUCUCGUAACGGGUCUUGUUUCUGCGUUUGGCGUUGCACACGAUGAGGAAAUUCACCACCAUAUUCUCCCACAUCAAAUCAACAAAGAUGAACUUCUCCGUUUCGCUUCUUCAUCGGAGCUCUCCAUUUUGCCCCAAUCAACCACCACACCCUAAUUUCAAGAACCUCACAUGGCAGAAUCGCGAUUCACUACUAUUAUUUCCCCUUCUCUGUUCGCGCCACUUUGCCUCCACUACCGCGCAGAAUCCUUCCACAUUGAAUGCUCUUCAGGAUCAUUAUCAGGCCAUUGAUUUUCCUGGAGGAGCAGUACAAUUCAUCCCUGAAAUGAGGUUUAUAUCCGAAUCACCUAAAGAGAGAAUACCUUGCUACCGUGUCCUUGAUGAUAAUGGGCAACCAAUUUUGGGCCAUAAUUUUGUGCAGGUCAGCAAGGAAGUUGCUGUUAAGAUGUAUACUGACAUGGUCACUCUCCGAUCUAUGGACACUAUCUUCUAUGAAGCACAAAGGCAAGGUAGAAUAUCAUUUUAUGUGACAGCAAUUGGGGAGGAGGCUAUCAAUGUUGCUUCAGCUGCAGCUCUUGCCAUGGACGAUGUUGUUUUCCCUCAGUAUAGGGAAGCGGGAGUCUUGUUAUGGCGUGGUUUCACUUUGCAAGAAUUUGCAAACCAGUUAUUUUCCAAUAUAUAUGAUUAUGGGAAAGGAAGGCAGAUGCCAGCUCAUUAUGGGUCCAAAAAGCACAAUUACUUUACAGUAGCAUCAACUAUUGCUACACAAAUUUCCCAUGCUGUUGGAGCCGCUUAUUCCUUAAAGAUGGAUAAAAAGGAUGCAUGUGCCGUCACUUACUUCGGUGAUGGUGGCUCAAGUGAGGGUGAUUUCCACGCUGCCUUAAAUUUUGCAGCAGUUUUGGAGGCCCCAGUUAUUUUUAUAUGCCGGAACAAUGGAUGGGCUAUCAGCACACCCAUUUCAGAUCAGUUUCGAAGUGAUGGUGUUGUUGUGAAAGGGCAGGCAUAUGGAGUUCGUAGCAUUCGUGUAGAUGGCAAUGAUGCCCUGGCUAUCUAUAGUGCUAUUCAAGCUGCUCGUCAAAUGGCAAUUACUGAAGAGAGACCAAUUCUAAUAGAAGCUCUUACAUAUAGAGUUGGACACCACACCACAUCAGAUGACUCUACCAAGUAUCGUCCAGCGAAUGAGAUUGAAUGGUGGAGAGUGGCACGUGAUCCUGUGGUUAGAUUUAGAAAGUGGAUAGAAAAGCAUGGCUGGUGGAAUGAUAUGGCUGAGUCAGAGCUUAUAAACAAUUUGAGACAGCAGCUUCUACAUACAAUUCAAGAAGCAGAGGGUGUAGAAAAACCUCCACUUGCAGAUAGUUUUAGUGAUGUUUAUGAUGUCGCUCCUUCUAAUCUCCGUGAACAGGAGCAAUGGCUGAAGGAGAUUGUAAGAAAACAACCACAAGAGUAUCCAACAAAUAUUUCUGUGUAGACUUCAAUAUGCUAAUACACAUUACAUUGCUUCUAAUAAAAAAUUCUCUUCAAACUUGUAUUCUUUGUAUAUGAA